AAGAAGGAAAAGCGCAAAUAUAGCCGUUACAAGAAACAGAUAGAAUAUAAAUUUGCCGGUGCAUACACAAAAUUUAAACAAAACACAGAGCACAGACCAGCAGAAAAUGAAAGAAGCAGAACGUGAAGCAAUGGAGAUGGAGGAGUCGGAGGAGAGAAUGCAGCAACUGAGAUCCAAAGCCACAGAGCUUCUACUGACAGAAGAAUGGGAAGAGUGCAGCCAUGUCUACUCCCAAUUCAUUUCCCUCUGCAAUUCCCACAUCUCCAACCUCCAUCAAAACCCUAGCUCAGAUCACCUCGCCAAGCUCCAAAGAUCCCUCUGCUUAGCUCUCUCCAACCGAGCCGAAUCCCAUUUCCGCCUCCGCCAAUUCCCCCAGGCCUUGCGAGACUGCGACGAGGCGUUGAACAUCGACACCACCCAUCUCAAGUCCCUCCUCUGCAAAGGUAAGAUCCUUCUCGCCCUCAACAGGUACACCGCCGCCUUAGAUUGCUUUAGAGCAGCUAAUCUCGAUGUUCAUGAUGCUGAAAACGGUGAAAUCCUCAAUGACUAUAUACUAAAGUGUAAAAACCUUGAGGCUUUGUCCAGAACCGGCGGUUUUGAUCUCUCAAAUUGGGCCUUGAAUCGCUUCUGCGAAAAGGUUCCUGAUCUUGCAGAGUAUGUAGGGGCAGUGGAAAUCCGGAAAUCUGAGAUUAGUGGGCGUGGCUUAUUUGCCACUAGGAAUGUUGAGAGUGGGACUUUGUUGCUGGUCACUAGGGCUGUUGCUAUUGAAAGGGGCAUAAUGCCCCAAUCUGGCAAUCAUGAAGAUGCCCAGUUAGUUAUUUGGAAGAACUUUGUUGAUAAGGUAAUUGAAUUGACCUCAAGAUGUAAUCGAACCUGGGAGUUGAUUAGUAAGCUAUCAGUAGGUGAAAACGAGGAUUCUUAUGAUGUUCCUCAGCUAGAUCUGUUUAGGCCUGAGGCGGACGAUAGUCGCUUUUCAGGGAAGAGCCUUGAUAUGAAAAGAAUACUAGGGAUAUUAGAUGUGAAUUCAUUAGUUGAAGAAGCAGUUUCUGCUAAGGUUUUGGGCAAAAACAGCCAUUACCACGGGAUCGGGUUGUGGUUGUUGCCUUCUUUCAUCAACCACUCCUGCGAUCCCAAUGUGAGGCGCUUGCACAUUGGCGAUUACAUCCUAGUUCAUGCUUCCAGGGACAUAAAGGCAGGCGAGGAGCUCACGUUUGCCUAUUUUGACGUGCUUUUACCCUUCAGCAGCCGCAAAGGGUGGGCAAAAAACUGGGGAUUUUCGUGCAAAUGCAGGAGGUGUGAAGUGGAGUGUGGUUUACAUUCCAACCAAGCAUUGCAAGAAAUCGAAGUGUUUCUCAAGAAGGGACUAGAUAUGGGAGAAGUGGUUUACAGAUUGGAGGAAGGCAUGAGGAGAUGGAUGGUGAAGGGAAAAGCGAAAGGGUAUUUGAGGGCAUCAUUCUGGGGAGCCUAUUCUGAAGUUUUCGAAUCAGACAAGUUGAGGAGGAAAUGGGGAAGCAAGAUUCCAACAAUGGAUACUGUGGUGGAUAGUGUGGUGAAUGGUGUAGGCAGUGAUGAGAGGAUUGUAAAGGUAGUAAUGCGAGGAUUGAAGAGAAGCAGCGGCCAUGGUGGUGGCGGUGGAGGGGUUUUGGAGAUGGAAAAAGCAAUGAAGUUAGGGAGAGGGUUAUAUGGAAAGAUAAUGAAGAAACAAGCAUUGAAGAGUCUUCUUCAGUUUGAUGGCCUUUCAUGAGCAGAGCUAAAACCAUAGCCUAUUAUUUGACCCCAAUUUGUUGUAACCAUUGUUUCCUAAUAUUCCGUAGCUUUACAGGCAAUUCUUUUGCUUGUUUUAGGAUGUUUUUCUCUGACAAUUCUUACAUACAUUUCUUGUCUUUCCACUGAAACAUUUUGAUCAUGUUAAUAAAUAUUACAUCAAAGAAGCUCUUGCCCACAAAA